GAUUGACAGCCGAUUGAGGAGCAGAAGGGCUUUCCGCAAUCCUGCGCUACUCGAGCAAGUUAACAAACAAAAACUUUACACUCUGCCUCGGUCGGCUGGCAGGCCAUACACCAGCCUUAUGCAUAAGUGUGGAGCAGGGUCCGGCCAAGCAGCGGCGAGAUCAAAGCAAAGGAAAACGAGCCAGACCCCAACAGCCUCGAUCUGCAAAGUGCUCGAUGAGAAAUAAAAGAAGAGGGGGACCUCUUGGAAAGGACUGCUGGCGACUUGUUCGGCUUUGAGCCAUUCGGAGCCACUCCACUAGGGGGUCUGGAGACUGGAGAUUUGCUUUGAAGAAACUGGGCCGAUCACUUCCACAAUGACUCUGGGUGCCGAUAUGUCUGAUCAUUCUCUGCUCUCCGAGGACACGGAUAUUGAUGUGGUCGGUGAUAUGAACGGCAAAGAGAGCAAAUACGGCGGUUUUCACUCGGACAAUGAUUCCGAUGAUAACUUGAGCAGAAACGUCUCUGAGAAUGUGGAGUCUCCGGAGUUGUCCGGGCGAUCUGACCCCAGUCCGACGCGGGCAAGUGACAAGCCUUGUAAAAGCACUCUGGUGAAGCCUCCUUACUCUUACAUCGCCCUGAUUACCAUGGCCAUACUCCAGAGCCCAAAAAAGAGGCUGACCCUGAGUGAGAUCUGUGAGUUCAUUAGCAAUCGCUUCCCUUACUACAGAGAAAAGUUUCCUGCUUGGCAGAACUCCAUCCGACACAAUCUGUCCCUGAACGACUGCUUCGUGAAAAUCCCCCGGGAGCCCGGGAACCCUGGCAAGGGCAACUACUGGACCCUGGACCCCGAUUCCGCAGACAUGUUUGACAACGGCAGCUUUCUCCGCAGGAGGAAACGGUUCAAAAGGCAACAACCGUCCGAGAUCUUGAGGGAUCACAGCAGUUUCCUGCCAAAUUUCGGAUACGGACCUUAUGGCUGCGGCUACGGCAUACAGUUGCAGAAUUUCCAUCACCCUCAUCACCACGCCAGCCCCAGCACUUUCUCAUUCCAGUCCCCACACUGCGCAGUGCCAUCUCCAGCCUCAAUGUUUCCGACUCCAGCCAUCCCCUCACUUUUGCAUGGCAGCGAGCUAACCAGGAAAUCUUUCUACCCGCAGUUGAGUCCCACUCUACCCAAUCUGCAAGGAUUGAAAGCUGACCCGAGCCAGUCCAGGCCUUCCUUCUCCAUAGACAAUAUCAUAGGGGCUGCUCCCUCUAAUGCCCCCGGGUCGCCCUAUUCAGGCCCAGCUGGAAGCCAAGCACAGGUAUUGGCAAUGUUAACCCCGGCACUGACUCAGGCCCAGACCCCACUGAACUUAACGCACGAAAAUGUUCUACAGACUGGCCAGAACUUUUCAAGCAAACUCUCAAAUCUUAACACCUGUCACUAUUAAUUUUUUCGUCCCACGGCAGAUUCCAGAUUCCGCUAUAGAAACAAAGGAAGAAGAGAACCUUCUGACAUCAACCACAUUAAUCCCUUCCAAGCACCAGCCCAUAAAUCAGCAACUUGUAUACUGUGUGAAUUGAGUUGCAAUGAUCUGGAAUUCACCAAAAAAAGCUGAGCAGGAGCAAAUGCAUUUUGAAUGGACAAGCACAGGCCAAAGUUCCGCAGAGAAUGAACUUGUGUCUUAGUUCCCUACAUAGGACAUGGAUGAGGAUAUCUAGGAACUAGCUUUCAAAAGGAUAACUGUAUACCAGAAAUUGGAUUGUCUGCCAAGGAUCAUCUACAUCAUGUUGGACUGUGCGUAGGACUGCACUUCUAACUUUUUAAAUUAUUGUGUAUGCCAUUAAAACAAUACUAUAGAUAAGCUUCAGCUUUAUGCACUCUCCAAUGGUUGAUAAGUUCAGAAGCCAAUGACUACUGAAAGAUACACUGGUGCCAUUUAAGCUCUGGACAAAACUUUGUAUACAGACUUACAAAGCCUUAACCAAGUACAUGUGAAGAGACUUAACCUGCAUCAAAGCUCGUUGGCAAUCUAUUCUCCAUCAAAUCUAUAUGAGUGAGAAGUUUGUGCUAUGUAAAAGGUAAACAGAAUUUCAACAUUGGAAAAAUAUGUCUCGCUGCAGAAGACUUAAAGGGAUGAAUAGUCUACCCCUACUGCUAUUUCUUGCAGCUUAAAUAUAACUUUUGGUACUUGUGUGAAUGUUGACGCAUGAGAAUAAAGUUAUUGAGAGUUAAUUUGCAAACCAUCCAACGGCAUUGCCAAAGUAAUGUAACAAUACUUCAUUGCCUCUCUUCCCAAACAGUAGCAAUAACUCUGACUCAGAAACUACACCCAGCUUAAACCGUAAUGUUUGAAGAUAGGUUGAAAAAGACAAUUGUUUGGUAUCAUUUGAACUUCAUUGAAAUAGUAUGGCUCAGAGAGAAAAAAGUAUUCUUAGCCAGUGGCAGAUCACCCAAGGUCAUUUACAAUGGAUAAAAUUAAAGCACUGAAAUAGUCAGUGAACUGAAUAGCUUGGUUUCUUAAAAGUCAUGAAAAAUAAAAAAAAAAGAAAAUCCAUUAACUCCUGUACACUUCCAGUAUUUUUCAUAUAUUUAAGGCAGAUAUUUCCCAUGCUUGCACAACUUCACUGACACUGUUUUAUUGUACCAUCUGUGUAAUAAAAGGGUAGAUUGGUUAAUGUUGUUCCAAUGACUAUCGGCUCUACUAGAAAUUUGAUACUUCAUGUAUAAAUGCAGUAUAAUUCGCACAAAAUGUGAUUCCAUUAGUCAUUUACAGAAAUGUUAUAUUUGUCAUAUCACCCAAAAAGAAACAGAACAUGCA